GCGACAGUGCGCCGGGAGCCAGUGGGGGAAGCCUGAGCUUGCGGGUUAUCUGUAAAACUGAAUGAGCUGUAGCUGAGCUGCCUGACUAGGAGAUUCCCCCAGGGAGAGUGGGAGAGAUUGGCCGGAGGGCAGGGCAGGCCAGCAGCAGUUCUGUGUGUGUGUGUGUGUGUGUGUGUGCGCGCACUGCCGCUGGCCCCAUGUCUCUGAGAGCAUGGCCCGCAAUGCGAGCCAAGAGACCAGCAUGUGGAUGCCCAGUCCCGCAGCAGCGACAGCAGGAGACGGAGUGGAGUUUGUGGGGAUGAGGGAUGUGGAAUCAGCGCUGAGAAGACCCGCGGGAGGGGGACUCCUGAUCAGCGGCUUGGACACCACCGAGUACCGGGGCUUCACUCACCAAGGCAGCCGCCUGAGUCUGCUGGACAGCCCGCUAGCGAAAGGUUACUGUCCCCGCAGGAACGUGCGCUACCGGAGGCUCCAAAACCUCGUCUACAACAUCCUAGAGAGACCAAGGAGCUGGGCUUUCAUCUACCAUGGCUUUGUGUUUUCCUUGGUCUUCAGCUGUUUGGUUCUGUCUGUUCUUUCGACAAUCCCGGAGCACACUGCUCUUGCCUCACGUUGCCUCUUCAUCCUGGAGUUUGUGAUGAUUGUGGUGUUCGGGCUGGAGUUCAUCAUUCGGAUCUGGGCAGCAGGCUGCUGCUGUCGCUAUCGUGGCUGGAUGGGUCGUAUUCGCUUUGUGCGGAAGCCAUUCUGCAUCAUCGACAUCAUCGUACUAAUUGCUUCUAUCGCAGUCAUCGCUGCCGGCACCCAGCAGAACAUAUUUGCCACAUCGGCGCUCCGGAGCCUCCGCUUCCUACAGAUCCUCCGCAUGGUCAGAAUGGACCAUCGAGGGGGCACCUGGAAACUGCUUGGGUCUGUGGUUUACGCACACAGUAAGGAGCUGAUUACAGCUUGGUACAUUGGCUUUCUGGUGCUGAUCUUCUCCUCCUUCCUCGUUUACUUGGUAGAGAAGGACUCGAACACAGAGUUCGCCACUUACGCCGAUGCUCUGUGGUGGGGCACAAUCACUCUGACGACCAUCGGUUAUGGUGAUAAGACUCCCACUACGUGGCUGGGGAGGCUGCUGUCAGCUGGCUUUGCUCUCCUUGGAAUCUCCUUCUUUGCUCUUCCCGCUGGUAUUCUUGGCUCAGGAUUUGCCUUAAAAGUUCAAGAGCAACAUCGCCAGAAACAUUUUGAGAAGAGAAGGAACCCAGCAGCCAGCCUCAUUCAGGCUGCUUGGCGGUUGUACUCCACCGAUGGUAGCCGCACAUACCUGGUGGCCACCUGGCGAUUUUAUGAGAGUGUCCUGUCUCCACUCAGCCACAAGUUAAGUUUUAAGGAACGUGUCCGAAUAACCAGCCCCAGGGGUCAAGGUGUAAAGGGCAGACAGUCUUCGUUAGUUACAGACCACCGGUCAUCCAGCAAUGACCAAACCACAGAGGCUAGUCCCACCAAGAUGCAGAAGAGCUGGAGCUUCAACGAUCGGACUCGAUUCCGACCUUCACUCCGCUAUAAGAGCUGUCAGACACGGGGAGCUUCGGACGACGAAGGUUUUGAUGAGAGGGGAGCUCAGUGCGAGUUCUCCAUGGAAGAGCUCACCUCAGUUCUCAAGACUGUGAUCAGAGCUAUCAGGAUUGUGAAGUUUCAUGUUGCAAAGAGAAAGUUCAAAGAGACUUUACGUCCAUAUGAUGUGAAAGAUGUGAUCGAACAAUAUUCUGCUGGACAUUUGGACAUGCUCUGUAGGAUCAAGAGCCUGCAGUCACGUGUGGAUCAUAUGCUUGGAAGAGGACAGCUCACAACAGAUAAGCGGUCACGUGAGAAAGUCCCACCAGACAUUAAUGCCUCUGAUGACCUCAGCAUGAUGGGACGGGUGGUAAAAGUUGAAAAACAGGUACAGUCUAUCGAAUCAAAGCUGGACUGCCUCCUGGAUAUCUAUAGGCAAUGUUUGCACACAGGCUCUGUCUCAGCACUGACACUCGCCUCACUGCAGAUGCCUGCAUUUGAGUCUGAUCAGACAUCAGAUUACCAAAGUCCUUUAGAUGGGCCUAGCUCAGCACAAUUUAGUGGCUGCAUGUCAAGAUCCACAAGUACGAGGGGAUUACAGCACAUCCCAUCACCUCACGAUCCAUGUGUUCCCUCUUGCUGCACCAUAAGCUCAGCUACACACACUCAGCAUCCUCCAACCACCAGUGAUGGACCCACACCGUCUGCAGUAAAUCAAAUGGUUCAAUCUGCCAAAGUCGCCAUGCCAACACGACAGCUGUCACCAAUUCAGAAUGCAUGCAGGGCAACACCUCUCCAGAUUAUCCCGACCGCCAGGGAGCGGGUUGGUUCCGAUGCCACUUCUUACCCUUCUGCCGGCCGAGGGGAAGAAAAUAAUCUCAACCAGGAGACACCAUGGAGGAGAAGCCAAAGAGUGGAAAAUGAAUCCUUGGUCAGAGUUCGCUCGCUCGCAGAAAAACCGUUAGAACACUCACUGUCUGUGCAAAAUCUGAUCCAAUCUACACACAGUCUGGGGAUGCCAACCAUUGGCAGCAGCCAGAAUGUGAGCCAAGACCACUACCAGUUGUCAGAUUCAAGCCUUUUGCCGCAAGAUGAAGAGACUGGUGCAGAGAUGGUGGAAACCAAUGUCUUAAUGAGAACAGGUAUGACCAGAACCCAUCAGCAUUUUAGCCAAACUGAGGACACAUCAAGCCCCUUGAGCCUGUCUCAUGUUCGACUAAAAUGACAUCGGAAGAAGCUUUCCUUUCAACUCUGGCUUCUCUUUCUGAAAUGUAUCAGUGCAUGGACUGUUGCUGAGGAUAAGACAAAUUGUGAAACUUUCACAUACAAGAUCAUGAACAAAUCAGAAAGGCACUCGUAGGAGCAGUUAUGAGCUAGUUGCAUGAAAAAUGCAUGUUAAAUUUGAAAUGAUAUCUGUUUACAGUGCUUUGAGUAAAACAGCCUGACUCUGCUCACAUAGCAGGAACUUUCCUUGUAAGAAAUGUGCACAGAAGUUAUUUGAGGAUGGACCAGAGUACCUAAAUUCAAGAGUCUGAACAGAUUAAAACCAUUGUUAUUUACAGCACGUGUUCAGUGAUGUUACAUCUUGAGGCUUCCAGGCCAAUUGUAAAAUGCAAUUAUUUUAUCCAGGUAAUGGUUCCAGUUUACAUCAGAAGUAUUUUUCAACUACCUGUGAGGUACAAAGAUCAGUCUGUCUGUUACAGGGCAAACACAUGCAUUCACCCCCAUUUUGAAAGCUUAUUCCAUAUAUUUUGGUGAAUCAUUGACAACUUUAUUUUAAAAUUGUAUUCUAGUUUAAUCUUUAAUUUGCGGGGGAAAGUGUGAGAGUACCAGAGCUGCACGUCUGAACUUGCUGUGGAGUGCAAUGUGAAUUAAGUGAUGAGACCUCCUGUAGAGCAGAUGUAAUUUUUGAUAUGCUGUUUUCCAAUGGAAUGAAAUGUUGAUGCUUCACAGAAAAAGUGAACUCACUAUCGAAUGUUUUAUGUAUCAUUUUGUUAAUCUAUGAGAUGGUGAUAUUUGUACUAAUUAGUUGCAUGAUAUCAUGUCAAAGAGCAGCUGAUCUGGUGGAUCCAGUUGCUGCCUUGGAGCACAAUUUGCUGCAUGACUGAUCAUUUGUAAAAAAUAUCGAAUUUUACAGCACACGAGGAGAUCAUUCAGUCUAUCACAUCUUCAAAAGAGUUAUCAAAUUUGUCACACUCCCCGUACAUUUUCCUUUUAACCAUGUGAAUGUUUCCCUUCCAGUGAUUGUCCAAAUUUUUAGGGAAGAUAUCAUUAAAUCUAUUUCGACCUCCCUGUCAGACUGGGCAUUCCAUACUAUCGUAACUCACCACGUUAAAUAUGUUGCCUUAUCUCAAAGUUUGACUUGCCAGUUAUUCUAAAUCUGACUUCUAAUGCUCUUGCAUUGGAAAUAUUUUCUCCCUGUCUACUUUAUCAGAAUUCUUAAUACUUUUCAUAACCUCUAUGCAAUCACCUCUUAACCUUCUCUGCCCUCAAGGAAACAAUCUCAGCCUCUGCAGGCUCUCCAUAUUCAUUCAAUUCCUUCAUCCCUAGUACCAUUGCAGUAAAACUUUCCUGCAUCUUCUCAAGCACUUGACAUCAAUUUCUAAAGUGUCAAAUUUGACAACAUGUUCUGGCUGGUGCCUAAUUAGUUUUUUUUUGAGGUUUAGCUUAACUUUGUUUUUUGUACGAAAUGACUUUGUUUAAAAAGCCCAGCAUCUUAGACGAUUUCUUUUUACAGCCCGAGCAACUGUCCUGACCCACAAAGACAUGUGUAGAUGAGUCUCCCAGAUUUCUUUGUUGUUCACCUAGAAUUUACAGUUUCAAGAAAUAUCGCCACCAGUGAUGUUUGUCUAACUGGCUUAGAGUUGUUGGGUUUAAAACUUUUUGAAACAGAGGAGUAACAUUUGUGGUCCUCUUGUCCUCUGCGAACCAAAUCCAUAUCCAAAACAUUUGUAAGAUUGUGUCCAGAGCUUCCAUAAAUCCCAUUGUUAGUUCCCUCAUUAACCUGAGGCCCGGAAUGGGUGACUUUUCUGCUUUGAGCCCCAUUAAGUACCUCAAAUUUUUGAACCAAAAUGCAUAACUUCACAAUUCUCUACAAUAAAUUUAUCCACCGUGAGCCUCCUUUACUAGCCUGCUUUUGUUUUUUUCAGAUAUCUACUAUUCUCAACUUUUUUUCACCACAUUUCUCAAUUUUAGGUCAUUUGCUCCCUUUGAAAAAAUGGUUCGUAUAUACAAGUCCGUAUCAUUUAUAGAAAGUAAAACGAUCAAUGGCCCUAAUACUGAUCCCAAAGAACACCCUGUAUACUAUCCUCUGAUCUGAAAAAAAAUCUGUUCACUACUGCUGUCUACUUUCUGACUUUAGUCACUUUAUAUCCACACUGUUGCUGCCUCCUUACUCCUUGGGAUUUAGUUUUCCUAACAGGUAUUUUGUGUAGGACUUUACCAAUUGCCUUGUAACUGCUCCUAUAAUGUGUCCAUCACAAAAUCCUUUCAAGUACUUCAUCAAAAAAUUCAAUUAUUUUUCUAGACAUGAUCUGCCUUGAACAAAUGCAUGCUGACCUUUAUUUAUUAACACAUAUUUUUCUAAGUGACAUUGCACUAGGAUUCCAGUUUCAAGAACUAUUCCCAAUACUGAUGUUUAUCUAAUUGGCCUAUAGUUAUUAGGUCAAAGCCUUUUUGGAACAAAGGUGUAACAUCUGUGGCCCUCUCAUCUCCUGACAACUAACCCCAUAUCCAAAAAAUUUAGCAGAUUCGGUCCAGAGCAUCCACAGUUCCCAUUUUUCGCUUCCUCAUUAAUCUGUGGUCCACACUGGGUGACUUUUCUACUUUGAGUCCCCUUAAGUGCUUUUUUGUUGUUUUUGUUCAAUCCAAUGUUUCAUCUGUAUCCUCACUGAAUGUCACCUUGACAGCAACAUUUUCUCCAGUGAAGACAGUAAGCUGUCUCUCCCAAGCAUCUCUCCUUUAUGACUCUUAAUUUGCCCCAUCUCACUUCCAUUGACUUCAGAGAUAAUGGGAACUGCGGAUGUUGGAGAAUC